ACAACUCACUGACCGAGAUCGGCUACCCCGGUGCUUUCAUUAAGAAGUACAUGUAUGAUAUAAUAAAGAAGUCGGAGAUUUCGACUGUUCGUAAGAAACCUUUAUACAUGAAACUACAAUUCAACGGGGAUGUGGCUAGUGAUACUCUGAAAUAUAGGUUAACGAAAGUAAUCAACAGAACAUUUUACGCAGCCAAUCUUGCGUUGACUUUCUCUUGUCGACCAGCGAUGUCUACUCAAACGAAGGAUAAGUUACCUGAGUUGGCCUCCUCAAUGUGCAUUUACAAAUUCAGCUGCUCCUGUGGAGAUAGCUAUAUCGGGCGUACUACCAGGCAACUUAACCAACGAAUGAAUGAACAUCUACCAACUUGGUUCAUAAACGGCCAGAUAAAAACAGUACGCAGUUCAAUCCUGGCGCAUCUUAUUGAUAGUGGUCAUGCGGUAGAUAAAUCGAAAUCAUUUCGAGUGAUCUAUCGUAUACCCCCAUCAUUUCCCAAUGGAGUUCGUUCCCGUCUCCUACAUAUAGCUGAAGCCAUAGGAAUCCGUACGUAUAACCCCAAUCUAUGUGUACAAAAGAAAUUUGUAACCCCCCUAUCCCUUCCAUGGCCAGUGAUAACUUAACUAACGAUUAAUUUUUUUUUUUUUAUUUCUUUAUGAUUACUAUUAUUAUUAAUAUUCUAUCAUUAACCUUAUUUACUUAUCCAUUAUUUGUUUGGAAUUAUUCGCCUCUUUACAUUUGCAUUCUUCACUAUCUAAUUAUUUACACACUUCUUAUUACGUAAUGAUUUUAAUGUUUUGUGAUAACUACUCCAUUUACCCAUGUUUGACCUACUAUUUCCAAUGUUUAACUAUUGAUAAGACUUUUGUUAUCGUAUUUUAUUAUUCCUACCUACUAUCAGUACACCUGUCUUCCUACUAUCAACUUGUACUUUUAUCUAUUAUGUGUGAUGACUUAUCCCAUUUCAUUAUAAUUACUGACCCGAAAUUGCCUUGAUUGGUUUAACAUUUUCGUAUAAAUAUUACUGUAUAUUAGAGUAAAGCCUGAUGAUGAUCUAAUUGAAAACAAUUGUUCACUUAUAUGUGUUGUACUAUAUUUCUAACUUUUCUCAAAUUUUAUUGUAACCCUUAAAAUGUAUUUAUCUUCAUGCGCUUAAAAUCUGUCACUGAUUUUUUUUAUAAUACGUAAACGUUGCUGGUAUUGUUUUGUUACUGU